GUGAGAGUCCAGAGUCCGGGUUGACGGGAGGACACUCGGCGAUGGCUGAAAAAUAGACAUCUUGGUUGUGGCGGCGUGCGGGACGCGAACGAACACUCAGCCACCGCCUCCCCUCUAUCUAUCUAUCUAUCUAUCUAUCUCCUCAGCUAACCUAACUAACAGCAGAACUCUUUCCUUCCAGAGCCGCCACCACCACCACCACCACCCCUUCAUCCCAGGCAGCAGGCACUUCACGCCCCCCAGCUGCCCCGAGAUGGCGUUUCCGGGGUUCGGGGGGCCAUGCGGGGCUGGGGGCUCGGCGGGCAUGUACCUCAAAUCGUCCCCGUACUCCAUGAACGGGCUGGGGCUGGCCAUGACGGGGGUGGACAGCCUGCACUCUUCCAUGGGAUAUCCCACGCCGAACGAUUACCUCUAUGCCCCGACCAGGAAGCAGAGGCGGGAGAGGACAACUUUCACGCGGGCCCAACUUGAUGUCCUGGAGAGCCUGUUCACAAAGACGCGCUACCCUGAUAUCUUCAUGCGCGAGGAGGUGGCGCUCAAAAUUAACCUACCGGAGAGUCGGGUCCAGGUGUGGUUCAAGAACAGACGCGCUAAGUGCCGGCAACAACAGAAGCAACAGGCCGCGGGGGGGGAGAAAAGCCCCAGGGGUAAAAAGUCAGCCAAGACUCCCCCGCCCCCCUCCUCCACCCCGCCUCCCCCCUCAGGCCAGACCACGCCGGGGGGGGCCGCAUCUCCUACCCCUGGGGGCGGCGGGGGGCAUAGGGACGCCUCCCCACCAUCCCCCCCUCCGUCAGUCUCCUCCGCUCCCCCUCUCUCCCUGCCCCCCUCCGCUUCCACCCCCUCCUACAACCCUAUCUGGUCCCCCGCCACUAUCCCCCCCUCGUCCUCGUCUAUCCCCCCCAUGGGCGAGCUGAUGACUCCCCCGUGCCUGGAGCAGGGGGUGCAGGGGGGGGUGAGCCAGCAGGCGGCGGCGGCGGCGGCGUGCUACCAGGGCUACGCAGGGCCGGCCUACUAUUCCAACAUGGACUAUUUGGCGCCCAUGACACACUCGCAGAUCAACGUGCCGGUCAGUUCCAUGGCAUCCCUGAACCACAUGGGAGGAAGCGGGGGAGCCCAGCAGAUGUCGGGGGGGUCACACUCCUCCCUGGUGACCUCCGGGGGGGCGCUGGGGGGGGCGGGGCAGUCCUCCCUCAGCCCCCGCACCCCCCCCAGCCUCAACUCCCUUACCCCCCUCCCCCCGGACUGCCUAGAAUAUGGGGACAAAAAUUCGACUGCAGCGUCCUGGAAAUCGUACCAGAGCUUCCAGGUUUUGUGAAUGUUAAAUGGAGCUGAUGAUGGCGAUGAUAGGAGGUGAUUGGGAGGUUUGGAGACAGGUGUGGAGCAGGUGUGGACAGGUGUGGGUUGGAUUUUCAGGUGUGGGUAACAAUGACAGAUGUGCAUGGUUGAAAUUCAUAUACGAAAGUUGAUUAAAAAAUGGUGAAUUGAUGAUAAGGUUUGAUUAGCAGGUUUGGAACAGGUGUGGAGCAGGUGUGGGUUGGAUUUUCAGGUGUGGGUAACAAUGACAGAUGUGCAUGGUUGAAAUUCAUAUACGAAAGUUGAUUAAAAAAUGGUGAAUUGAUGAUAAGGUUUGAUUAGCAGGUUUGGAACAGGUGUGGAGCAGGUGUGGGUUGGAUUUUCAGGUGUGGGUAACAAUGACAGAUGUGCAUGGUUGAAAUUCAUAUACGAAAGUUGAUUAAAAAAUGGUGAAUUGAUGAUAAGGUUUGAUUAGCAGGUUUGGAACAGGUGUGGACAGGUGUGGGUUGGAUUUUCAAGUGUGGGUAACAAUGACAGAUGUGCAUGGUUGAAAUUCAUAUAGGAAAGUUAAUAAAAAGAAUGGUAAAUUGAUUAUAAGGUUUGAUUAGCAGGUUUGGGGCAGGUGUGGACAGGUGUGGGGUAUUAGCAGGUGUGGGUAGAUUACUAAUAGAUGUGUAAUUAUGGUUGAGUAUAAAAAAGAUAGAAAGAUUGAAAAUAAAAAUGAUGGCAACGGUUGAUUAGGACAGGUUUGGAGCAGGUGUGGACAGGUGUGGGGUAUUAGCAGAUGUGUAAUUAUGGUUGAAUAUAGAAAAAAAGAUUGAGAGAUUGAAAACAGAGAUAAUAGCAAGGGUUUAUUAGGACAGGUUUGGAACAGGCUUGGAACAGGUUUGGAGCAGGUGUGGACAGUCUUGGGGCAUUAGCAGAUGUGUAAUUAUGACUGAGUAUCAAAAAAAAAAGAUAGAAAGAUUGAAAAUUGAGAUGAUAGCAAGGGUUGAUUGGGACAGGUUUGGAACAGGUGUGGAGCAGGUUAAAGACAGGUGUGGCAAUACUAAUAACAGAUGUGUAAUUCAGCUUAACUUCAGGUGUGUUGUAGACUGAUUACAUAUGUGUUACCGACGGUGUGGACAGGUGUGGCUUGGGGUUAAUUACAGGUGUGGGUGAAGUUCUAAUUAUGGUUAACUUCAGAUGUGGUUGAAUGAUGACAGAUGUGGUUAGCUAAUGACAGGUGUGUUUAGCUGAUAUCAGGUGUGUGUGGAGGUCAGGUGUGGUUAGCUAAUAUCAGGUGUGGUGAAGGUCAUUAGCAGGUGUGGUUAGCUAAUAUCAGAUGUGUUUUGAAGGUCAUUAACAGGUGUGGUAAGCUAAAUUAAUAGGCCUAAGCAUUUAAAGGGCGGUGACGUG